GUAGCACCCUUCCCAGAUACUUUCCCAAUGCAAGUCAAGUCCAUGCACUCAGCAGGGUCAGCACCUACUUUGUAACAAGAGCAUGGGGCAAGGAUUUCCAGUGGAAUUUAAAUUUUUCCGGGGCUGGUAACAUUCUAUGAUUGGUCCCACGGAGCUAUGGAUUUCAUGCAAAUGUGGCCACGCCAGCAGGCAGUCUGGAGAUCGGUAGGGACUGUUGCUGAGGAGGGGAGGGCUGCAGUCUGUGUGUGCGUGUGUGUGUGCAAACUGGAAGCAAAGAUACCCCCAAUAAAAAAAAAAUACAUAGCACCCCCUCCUCCUCCUCCCCACACCUUCCCAGUGAAGCUCCAUCAACCUGAUCCUCUCCUCUUCCUUCCUAUGCACUCAGGAUGAGCAGUAAAGAAGAGGCCACCAAGUGUGCCCCAGCGACUCUGUCCAGCUUCACCAUCCAGUCCAUCCUACAGGGCACUACAUCUGAUCGGGGGCGAGCAAGUGUCAGACCCUGUACCAGGGAACCAGUCUCAUGCAGGGAGCCCAGCCCUGCCACAUCCUCAGAGGAAGAGGAACAAGAAGAAGAAUGGAGAGGACACGGGUGUUACUGCACUGAGAACAAGGAAUCUAGGGGACUGUCAUCCAACAGCUGCAGCCCCCACAGGUGUCCCAAUAAUCCUCAAGGGUCACAUAGUACAGAGAGACUACGACUUCCUUCUCCAUCUCAUCAUGACUACACAGGAGAAAAGGAGAGACAUUUUACCCCAAACACCCCAUCUUCUGGUGAUAGGCAGAGAGAUGGAGGAGAUAGGCAAGCUAGUUCGAAGAAGAAGACAAGGACCGUGUUCUCCAGGAGUCAGGUCUACCAGCUAGAGUCCACCUUUGAUAUGAAGAGGUACCUGAGCAGCUCGGAGAGGGCUUGCUUGGCUUCAAGUCUUCAACUGACGGAAACACAAGUCAAAACAUGGUUCCAGAACCGAAGGAACAAAUGGAAAAGACAAUUAUCAGCCGAGCUAGAAGCAGCCAACAUGGCUCAUGCGUCUGCACAAACUCUGGUGGGAAUGCCGUUGGUCUUCAGAGACAACUCCAUUCUGAGGGUCCCAGUGCCCAGAUCAAUUGCUUUUCCAGCUCCCCUCUACUAUCCGGGCAGCAACAUGUCUUUGCCUCUCUAUAACCUGUACAACAAACUGGAAUAUUGACUUUCCCUCUAGCAAAAUAUCAGGGAGAAUCCAAUAUACCAUAAGCUGCUGAAGAAUACAUCUCUCCUCUUAUGUGAUAUAUCAAAGCAAAAGUGCUUUCUUUGCAAAGGAAAUACACCAUGUGUAUGCACCAACCUGUCUGCUUUAUUUUUAGGAUUAUUUGCUGCAUAUAUUUUGUAUGUAUUAUUUGGAAACGUAUUUAAUUUUUUUUAUUACCAAGCACAUGUCCAAACAUUUUUUUUCUAUUUCAGUGUACUGCCUAAUAAUGCAUAAAUAUACAAACUCGAUAGCCUUUUUCCCUAGAAGAGGAAAUCUGCUAUUGUUCAAAGGGAAAUGGGCUUAUUUAUGUAAAUAUCAUUUUUUAAAUAAAUAAUAAUUUUAAAUACCAGAAACAA